AUGUCAAUUUUAAUUCAAGAAAAUGAUGAUGAUUAUUUCACCAAUGAACUUCCAAUAAAACGUACAAAAUAUUUCUUUGAAACAUCGACAACAACUAAUGAAGAGACAUUUAAUCAGAAUACAAUUUGUAAUUCAUUCAUUCAAAAGAAUGGCACAAAAUUACAUUCAACCACUAUUUUAUCAUCAUGUUCAAAUAUAUCACCAUAUUUAGAUGUAAAUGAUAAAUCAAUUAACAAUAUGAAUAUAUCACAAUAUAUUUAUGAUAAGUUCAUAGAUUUCAUGGAAGUUGAACAACAGAAAACCAUAAAUCAGCCUAAUAUAAAUCAAGUUGUUUUAAUAGAUUAUGCGAAUGAAUUGUCACUUGCAAAACCGCAUCUAUCCUCGCCAAAUAUUCAAUCAUUACCGUUACAUAACACUCUUGAUUCGUAUUCUUCAUUUGCUUUGAAUAAUCCGCCUCAAUCACAGCAUGAAUUCGAACAACACAAACACUAUGCACAUUUAAACCAAUUAGACAAUCUAUCGAAUGACAUGUCACAUUCAACCAAUGAUCAUCAAUUAUUGUAUGCAUUAUCACAUUCAUCUUUAUUAUUGAAUUCAAAACAGAAACAUGAUUUCAAUUAUCAGGACAUUCCGAAUGAUUUUCUACAGACAAAUAAACUAACUGUGGCAACAAAUAUAUGUUCAGAUAUUCAACAAUUAAUAUCUAAUGAAAAUUAUAUUACUACUGCUGCUACUAUGAUUACUACUACAACUGUUAGUACUACUAAUACUACUACUAUUACUACUACUGCCAAUGAUAAUGAUAACAAUAGCAACAAUAACAUGAAUGAAUCCUUAAAUAAUUCAUCGAAUCUUGUAUCUAUAAGUGAAGAGAACAAUGUUAUUACACCAUUAAUAUUUUGUCAGUACCAGUCAUUACUAACAACUACAGCAGUCGAUUCUGCGACGACAACAGUGACGACAACUACUCCGACAAACACAACAACAGAACAAACAUUUACAACUAAAUCAAAUGUAACUACAAGAAAUGACAAUCAAACUGAAUUGAUGAAUUCAAACAGCUGUAAUGUGGAAUCGAUAUCGAAUUUCACAGAAUCUAAUGAAAUUAUUCACAAUUCACCAAAAUGCAUUAAUAACACAUCGAAUUCAUUGGAAAUUCCCACUUUAUCAUAUCAUCAUCCUAUAACAACAUGUCAUGUUAAAUAUUCUUAUUUUCCAUCAAUAUUCAUUAAUAACAAUAAUAAUAAUAAUAAUAAUCAUAGUAAUUCAUUGCUUGAAGAAAAUCAAUACACAUCUGGUGAGCCAUCGUCAACUAGUUUACAUGAUAAACAGUAUUUUCAUUCACAACUCCCGCUUAAUUAUCAACAAUUUUACUAUUCAAACAAUGGCAUUCAUUUACCAUGUCAACAGAAUCAUGCAUAUAAUGAUCAUGCAAUGCAUCAGAACGAUUUGAUCAAUGAUUCAAUGAAUGCAUUUCAACAACACCAACCACAACAACAAAAUCAAACGAACUCCAGAUCUGAUCAAUACACUAGUAGUGAUAGUUAUUUACCAGCAGAAUUAAUCAAUUCCAUGCGAUUACACUCAACCAAUGACGCAGCAGUACACCUACAAACUGAACAACAACACCACCAGCAGCAUUUGUAUUCACAACCGCCACUGCCACCGCCACAACAACAGCAAUCAAGUAUAAAUUAUAAAGAUUUGGAAAAAUCCGACAAUAAAUUCACACGAAUAUUUAUAUGGGAUUUAGAUGAGACAUUGAUUAUAUUUCAUACUUUACUUACUGGUUAUUAUGCGCAUCGAUAUGAUAAAGAUCCUGCUAUAGCGGGUGCUUAUGGUUUACGAAUGGAAGAAUUGAUUUACAAUUUAGCCGAUACAUAUUUAUUUUUCAAUGAACUUGAAGAAUGUGAUCAAGUUCAUAUUGAUGAUAUACGUGGAGAUGAUAAUUGUCAAGAUUUAGCGAAUUAUCGUUUCGAUUCUGAAGUAUAUGGAGAUAAUUCAUCGACAAUGUCACAGUCAAUUAUUUUAUCGUCAACACCAUCAUCAUCAUCAUCAUCGUCGUCGUCAACAGCGACGACGGUACAUGCUCCGAUGACAUCUUCACUGGAAACCUCAUCACCACCUGUACAUGGCGGUAUGCUGUCAUCACCACCACCGCCAAUAUCCUCAUUUUCAUCUGUAGUACCACUGGUUAAUAUGACUGGAGAAAUUUCCACUAGAGUGAAUACACCCACCUUACAUGGUAGUAUGGAAUGGAUGCGUAAAUUGGGAUUUCGAUAUCGUAGAAUACGUGAAAUAUAUAACUAUUCAAGGCAUAAUGUUAGUGUACUUUUAGGUUAUCCGAGAGCAAAUCAAUGGAUGAAUUUAAAAAACAAUUUGGACAUACUCACUGAUCAAUGGUUAAGUUUAGCUGUAAAAGCAACUGAGAAAAUUAAUAAUCGUGAAGAUAGUGUUAAUCUAUUAGUAACCACAACACAAUUUAUACCGUCAUUAGCAAAAAUUUUACUCUAUGGAUAUGGUAAUUCAUUUCAAAUUGAAAAUAUUUACUCUGCUACCAAAGUGGGUAAAGAGAAUUGUUUUGAACGAAUCGCAUCAAGAUUUGGAAGAAAAUGCACUUAUGUAGUGAUUGGAGAUGGGAAAGAAGAAGAAGACGCUGCAAAACAGUUCCAAUGGCCAUUCUGGAGAAUAAAUGCUCAUUCAGAUUUGAUUGCUUUAAAUCACGCUUUGGAUUUAGGAUAUUUAUAAUUCAUCAACAAUCUUAUGAUAUAGUGAAAUAUUAAUUUCUGAUUUUUUUUCCCUCACG